AUGGCCGGCCACUCGUGGCGGUCGCUGCUCUUCGGCGUCGAGGGAUGGCGGCACUUCCUCAAGUCCGGGUACGCCGCGCGCGCGAAGCACUUCGACGACGCGCCGUUCGCGAGAGAUCUCCGCGGCACGCACGUCGUCGUCACCGGCGCGAACCAGGGCAUCGGAUUCCAGGUCGCGAAGCAGCUCGCGAUGCAGCGCGCGUCCGUGCACAUGGUGUGCCGGAGCGAGGAGCGCGGGGAAAAGGCGCUGAGAGCGCUCAAGGAGGAGGUCGCGGCCGCGAACGCGGACGGCUCGCCGCCGGACGUCACCCUCGACGUGUGCGACGUCAGCGACGCGAAGGCCGUCCGCGCGUUCGCGAGGGCGUAUGUCGAGAGCGGACGACCGCUGCACUGUCUCGUGAACAACGCGGGAUGCAUGGUGCACGAGCGGACGCUGACCCCAGAGGGCGUGGAGACGAACUUCGCGACGAACACGCUCGGGACGUACGCGCUCACGGAGGGGCUGCUGCCGUCGUUGGAGCGGACGGCGGCGAGGGAGAAGGCGCCGCCGACGCACGCGCGGGUGAUCGCGGUGAGCAGCGCGGGGAUGUUGACGGAGAAACUCGAGUCGCGCGACGUCGAGGCGUCGACGUCGAAAUCGUUCGACGGCACGCGGCAGUACGCCAAGGGAAAGCGGCACCAGGUCGCGCUCACAGAGCGGUGGGCGCGACUCGCGGUCGCGAAGUGCGGCGGCGUCGGACCUCCCGCGGACGGGAGCGGCGCGGUCGGGUUUUACGCGAUGCACCCGGGUUGGUGCGACACCGACGCGGUGAAGGUCGCGCUGCCGGGGUUUUACGAGCGGCUGAAGGGGAAGCUUCGAUCGCCGCGGGAGGGCGCGGACACGGCCGCGUGGCUCUGCGUCGCCCCCGCGGAAACGCUCGUCUCCGGGGAGUUUUAUCUCGACAGGGCGGUGGUCCCCAAGCACGUCUGGUCGGGGUCGUGGUUCGGGACGACGUAUUCGGACGCGGAGGUGGACGCGCUGGCGGAGAAGCUCGAGGCGCGGCUGCGAGAGGCGCUGUCCGCGCGGCGGUGA